AUGUGCCUGCCAAAUUGGGAAGCGGCCGAGAUUAUUUGUCUGGCGCAAACUGCCAGACCCGUUCAUUCCGUUCCUCGUCGUACCGUAACACCGGCCUCUGUGCUGACACACGUCGCACGAGGCUGUACUCGAGGUGAACAGCUGACCAUGACGCCACAGGUCCGAAAAGCUGGAGCC